CGCCCCCGCCGCGUCAUGCCCCAGGCCCCGCCCCGGCCCCGCCCCCCUGUGUUCGCAGCGAUGGCGUGUGUCUCUGCCGGUCGCUCCGCCGCCCUCCUCCUCUCACUCCGCGCCGGGGCGAAGCUCUGCAGCCGCUCGGCGGUCACCACCGCCACCGGGAGGAUGCUGCCCAAACCGGUCAAGACCUCGUUUGGUUUGGUUCGGAUGGCAGCCGUCGUGCUUCCCUUCCUCUAUAUCGGGACUCUCAUCAGUAAGAGCUUUGCUGCCCUGCUGGAGGAGCACGAUAUAUUCGUACCUGAGGACGACGAUGACGAUGACUGAGGGGUCAGUCUGGGGGUGCAGGAGGCUGUUCUGUGAGUCACUGAAGGAACCAAACCUCUUACUGUCGACCCAAGAAGGAAAUUCAAGAACCGACCGAGACUUCAAAACACAAACCUGUAACGUCUCCCAGUUUGAAAAGCAUCUCCCCCUAUACCUUUAUAUAAAGUUUACAAGCCUUGUGAGCGAUUAUUAAUUAUUAUUAAACUGCUCUUCAGUUCUA